GCUUCCUUGGCCUCACUCAAAGAUGGGAAGAGGAAAAGUGGUGUUGGAGAGAAUAGAGAACAAAAUAAAUCGCCAAGUAACCUUCUCCAAGAGAAGAAAUGGUUUGCUGAAGAAAGCCUACGAGCUCUCCGUCCUCUGCGAUGCUGAAGUUGCUCUCAUCGUCUUUUCUAGCCGAGGCAAACUCUCUGAAUUUGCCAGUAAUACCAGUGUGGCUGAAACUCUGGAAAAAUACUGGCAGCAACGUUACAGCUCCCCAGUCGAUAUUCCUGCGGAUGAAACACAGACUCUGUCCCAAGAGGUAUCGAGGUUAAAGGCAAUAUAUGAAUCUUUGCAGCGGUCUCAAAGGCAUCUUCUUGGAGAAGAGCUUGACUCACUUACUAUAAAAGAGCUUUAUAAGAUUGAGAAACAGCUUGACAGAGCUCUCUCACAAGCCAGACAGAAGAAGAUGCAGUUGUUGUUGGAUCGAAUGGAAGAGUUAAACAAAAAGGAAAGUGAACUUGCAGAUGAAAACAAUAAGCUAAAAUCUCAGCUAGAAUUAGAGAAUGUUUUUCAACCAGCACAAGUGUUAGGAAACCCUAACAUAGAAGUGGGAAAUGAAUAUGAAAUGAUUACUUCACAGGCAAACCAUGCCCGGCAACAACCUUCAAUGGGGUACCAUCAGUUUAUUCCCCAGGAAACGGUGAUCGAAGAGCGUGAGGUGAACAGAGGUGGUAAUAAGCGUGCUACGGGGUGGCUUUGAUCCUUUCGACCUCUCUGCGUUGCUGCAAGACGUUAUAGUUGUUAUCACCG